CGUAUGCACGCGGUCCUCGACUGUCACAGUUGUUUACACUAUCGUUCAUCGACACUUAUCGAUCCGCGAAAUUGUACUCGACACAAGAAUACAACUUGUGUAUUGCUACACACUUUAGAAAAAUUAAAAAAAUGACCGAGAAACAGGAUUCUCUGUUGUACAACGCUGUCCUUUCAGAGAUACCUGACACCGCGUGUUACAUACCGAAUUUUAUCACUGAGGAGGAAGAGAACCAAAUUAUAAAGUGCGUAAAUAGCGUACCGCAACCAAAAUGGACGCAAUUAAGUCACCGUAGAUUGCAAAAUUGGGGUGGCAUACCACAUCCUAAAGGAAUGAUAGCGGAAAAGAUUCCUGAUUGGCUUCAGAGAUAUAUUGAUAAAGUGGCAGCUUUAAAUGCUUUCGAAAAAGGAGUGCUGCCAAAUCAUGUUUUAAUUAAUGAAUAUUUAUCUGGGCAAGGCAUAAUGGCACAUUCAGAUGGCCCACUUUUUUAUCCUGUUGUAACAACUAUCAGCUGUGGUUCCCAUACACUACUUGACUUUUACAAACGACUCGAAACGACAGAGCAACAGCAAUCAAAGUUUGAAUUCAGUUUGCUGCUAGAACGCAGAAGUCUAUUAGUUCUACAGAAGGAUUUGUACCAUAAUUAUUUGCAUUCCAUAGCGGAAAGAGAUGCAGAUAGCAUAUUGGGAUCUUCAAUAAAAAAUCUACACAUGUGUGCAGAAAAUUUUACAGAUAAACAAAUAAUAAAACGUGGCACUAGAGUGUCCUUAACUAUUAGACAUGUACCAAAAACCAGCAAACUGAAAUUAAAAAUUUGUUGAUAUACAUCCAUGUUAUUAAAAUUUGGAAGAUGUAUAUUCAAUGUAUAUACUAUAAUAAACAUCGACGCUGAAUGUCGUAUGUCUAUUUUAAUCUAUUAA